UGGGACAAAUGGAUGCUCAAGCUGUGUGGAACCACCCCCUCGUUAGGCUGAGUAGAUGAAGAGAUACCUGUCCUCCUCUUCCCUUUACUCCAAAGAAAGCUGGGACAGAUUGAAUAACCGUUGUGUACCAUAUCAUUUGAUAUGCACGUAUAUUCAGUGCUCAGUGUGGGUAGGAAGCUCUUCUCUACAAGACAAUCAAAUGAUUACAGCACACACCUCUUCCUGAGUGCUUCCGCAUCGGUAAAGGAAUAUGAGUGAUAGCGUGCACUCCGUUUACUCUCAGAGAACCGCAUUCAUCAUUCAUGAACAGAUCAUUAUUGUCUCUUGUCUAGGUAUAUCUGUAGUCCAAUGAAACCAUUGAUGUAAGCUACAGAUGUUACUGAUAGUCCACCUGAUGCUGUGCCAGUCAAGCAUCACACUAUGGCUCCUACUAAGUUCCUACUGAUAUGCUCGGAGGAUUAAGGAUAGCCUUUAUUCCUGAACGCAGUUCCUAGUUGAGAUGUUCGCAUCCCGGUUGGGGACUUAGGAAGGAGGAAGUGGAUUUGAAAGAGAAAAGACUACAAAUCCCAGCCAGCCUUGAAACUACUGCAGACCCAUGUGACACCUGGAUGUAUUCGCUCCUCAAGGACUUAUGGUCAGAGUUGUCAGCGAGCGGAGCUGUAAGUUGAGUCUUCGUCUGGCAGCGGAGUUUAUCCAUCCUGUUUGACCCAUCUCUUUCUGCCACUCACCCUAUGUUUGCUGUCGAAGGUCUAGCGUUAGAAGGUAUCAAGAGGAGUACAGCAUGGACUCCACCAACGCCCAGGUGCAGGUGGAGUUCUAUGUGAAUGAAAAUACCUUCAAGGAGAGGCUGAAGCUGUUCUUCAUCAAGAACCAAAGAUCAAGCUUGAGGAUCCGACUGUUCAACCUGUCCCUGAAGCUGCUGACCUGCGCCCUGUACGUCCUGAGGGUCUACCUGGAGGAGUCUCCGCCCGACGGUGAGACCAGUGCGAACUGCACAAACAGCAGUCUGAGCAGUUCGGACGACUCUCCGGAAAUCAAGUGGGAGUUGAUCUUCUGGGUGAAAAGAAGGACCCCUGUGUGGGGGAUACAGGUGACCGUGGCCUUAAUCAGCUUCCUGGAGACCAUGUUGAUCACAUACCUCAGCUACAAGGGGAACAUUUGGGAGCAGAUCUUCCAGAUGUCCUUCAUACUGGAGAUGAUCAACACGGUGCCAUUCAUAAUCACAAUCUUCCACUAUCCACUGAGGAACAUAUUCGUUCCCGUGUUCCUCAACUGCUGGUUGGCCAAGUGCGCCCUGGAGAACAUGAUAAAUGACCUGAACCGGGCCAUCCAGAGGACGCACUCUGCCAUGUUCAACCAGGUGCUCAUCCUCAUCUGCACCCUGCUGUGUCUGGUGUUCACCGGGGCCUGUGGCAUCCAGCACCUGGAGCGGGCGGGGAAGCACCUGUCCCUGUUCAAGUCCUUCUACUUCUGCAUCGUCACCUUCUCCACCGUGGGCUACGGAGACGUCACCCCCCAGAUCUGGCCCUCGCAGCUGCUGGUGGUCUUCCUCAUCUGUGUGGCGCUGGUGGUGCUCCCUCUGCAGUUCGAGGAGCUGGCCUACCUGUGGAUGGAGAGGCAGAAGUCAGGGGGGAACUACAGCCGGCACCGCGCCCAGACGGAGAAGCACGUGGUGCUGUGCGUCAGCUCUCUGAAGAUAGACCUGCUCAUGGACUUCCUCAACGAGUUCUACGCCCACCCCAGGCUGCAGGACUACUACGUGGUGAUCCUGUGCCCUACGGAGAUCGACAUCCAGGUGCGGCGCAUCCUGCAGAUCCCGCUGUGGUCCCAGAGGGUCAUCUACCUGCAGGGCUCCGCGCUCAAGGACCAGGACCUCAUGAGGGCCAAGAUGGACGAUGCAGAGGCUUGCUUCAUCCUGAGCAGCAGGAAUGAAGUGGACCGCACGGCUGCAGACCACCAGACUAUCUUGAGAGCUUGGGCAGUGAAGGACUUUGCUCCAAACUGUCCUCUCUACGUCCAGAUCCUCAAACCGGAGAACAAGUUCCAUGUGAAAUUUGCGGACCACGUGGUGUGUGAGGAGGAGUUCAAGUACGCCAUGCUGGCGCUGAACUGCGUGUGUCCCGCCACGUCCACGCUGGUGACCCUGCUGGUGCACACCUCGCGCGGACAGGAGGGACAGAUGUCCCCGGAGCAGUGGCAGAGGACCUACGGCCGUUGCUCGGGCAACGAGGUCUACCACAUCAACCUGGCCGACAGCAAGUUCUUCGGAGAAUACGACGGGAAGAGCUUCACCUACGCAGCCUUCCACGCCCACAAGAAGUGCGGCGUGUGCCUGAUCGGCGUGAAGCGCGAGGACAACAAGAGCAUCCUGCUGAACCCGGGCCCACGCCACAUCAUGGCGGCCGCCGACACCUGCUACUACAUCAACAUCACCAAGGAGGAGAACUCGAACGUCACCUUCAAGGAGGAGGAGAAGCACAGCAAGGGCAUGUCCGUCUCCGGCCUGUACGACGCGCCCUCCCGGGGGCUGCCCGUGCACAGCAUCAUCGCAAGCAUGGUUGAUCAGGCGACCGCUUAUGGAACAGUGGCCAUCGAUCUGCAGAACCCUGACCCCCCCGAAGACACCAGCAAGCUGGCGCCCCCCACGGAGAACGGUGGUGGGGGGGGCAGCCGACGGCCCAGCAUAGCCCCCGUGCUGGAGAUCGCAGACUCCUCCGCCAUCCUGCCCUGCGACAUGCUCAGCGACCAGCUGGAGGACGAGACCAACCAAUCAGACGAGGAGGGCUCCGUGGGCUCGGACUUUGUGAAGGGCUACCCCCCCAACUCCCCUUACAUCGGGAGCUCCCCCACCCUGUGCCACCUGCUGCCCCAGAAGGCCUCGUUCUGCUGCCUGCGUCUGGACAGGGGCUGUACUCACAGUAGCUUCGAGGACGCCAAGGCCUACGGCUUCAAGAACAAGCUGAUCAUCGUGUCGGCGGAGACGGCGGGGAACGGCCUGUACAACUUCAUCGUCCCCCUGAGGGCGUACUACCGCCCCCGCAAGGAGCUCAACCCCAUCGUACUACUGCUGGACUACCCGCCAGAUAACCACUUCCUGGAGGCCAUCUGCUGCUUCCCAAUGGUGUACUUCAUGGCGGGCACCAUCGAUAACCUGGACAACCUCCUCCAGUGUGGGAUCAUCUACGCUGACAACCUGGUGGUGGUGGACAAGGAGAGCACCAUGAGCGCAGAGGAGGACUACAUGGCCGACGCAAAGACCAUCGUCAACGUGCAGACCAUGUUCAGGUUGUUCCCCAGCCUCAGCAUCAUCACAGAGCUCACCCACCCGUCCAACAUGCGCUUCAUGCAGUUCCGGGCUAAGGACUGCUACUCGCUGGCUCUGUCCAAGCUGGAGAAGAUCGAGCGUGAUAAGGGCUCCAACCUGGCCUUCAUGUUCCGCCUGCCCUUCGCCGCCGGGCGGGUGUUCAGCAUCAGCAUGCUGGACACCCUGCUGUACCAGUCUUUUGUCAAGGACUACAUGAUCCCCAUCGCCCGGCUGCUGCUGGGGCUGGACACCACGCCUGGGUCCGGGUACCUGUGUGUGAUGAAGGUGACGGAGGAGGACCUGUGGAUCCGGACCUACGGCCGUCUGUUCCAGAAGCUGUGCUCCUCCAGCGCUGAGAUCCCCAUCGGGAUCUACCGCACAGAGUCACACAUGUUCUCCACCUCCGAGAACAGAGGUCGCUUCCCGAAGUCCGAGGUGUCCAUCAACGUGGAGGCGGGCACUGAGCCGCGGUCGUCGGGGGAACACCGGCCCUCCGGCGACAGCUGGAAGGAGAAGACGGCGCACCGCAACUCCACCACCAGCGAGCAGCCGGAGCACACGCUGCUGCGCAGGAAGAGCAAGCAGUGGGCGCGCCGCCUCAGCAGGAAGACGCCCAAGCCGGCCAGCCGCGCCGAGCGCAUCUCCCAGCAGCGGCUCAGCCUGUACCGCCGCUCCGAGAGGCAGGAGCUGUCGGAGCUGGUGAAGAACCGCAUGAAGCACCUGGGCCUGCCCACCGUGGGCUACGAGGAUGUGUCUAACCUUACUGCGAGCGAUGUCAUGAACAGGGUAAAUCUAGGAUAUUUGCAAGAGUUGCAGGCCAUUUCAGAACACCCAUACACAGAGAGGACCCGAGCGCCAGGGGGACAAGCAGAUGAGAUGAACGACCACCAGAACACGCUGUCCUACGUGCUCAUCAACCCUCCGCCGGACACCCAGCUGGAGCUGAACGACAUCGUGUACAUCAUCCGGUCCGACCCGCUGGCCCACAUGCCGGACGAGACACCGGUGGGCCCGGCCCCGGGGACCAGGAACCAGCAGGAGUUCGGCACCAAGACCAGAGACGAGACCCACCUCUGAGCCGUCGGACCCCCACCCCGGGGCCCCGCUCAGACGGAGACGCCACGGAGAGAACACGACGCUGAAGCGCCGGUCCCGGACACUUUGAAUUUGUUCCCCAUCCCAGAUUGAGGCGGGGCGACCCCUGGGAGGAAGGCGUGUUCUUGGAUUCUGGCCUUAAAGCACGAGGAGUCGCGUGUGCGUGUGCGUGUGUCGGUGUGUGUGUGACUGUGUGUGUGGUGGUGAGACGUCGAUGUAACUGAGCUGCUAGUGAAGGAUGAAGAGUGCCUCGUCAUCAUCACCACCCCGUUCCUUUUGACUCUCGAAAAAAGUCUCACACUAAAUGACGCACCUUGACCGGUCGAUCAGUCACUCACCUGGUGACCCACCUCAGUCAUGUUACAUUCUCUCCACCUCCGCCCCUCGCUCCUAAAGGAGAACCAGACAGGUUGUUUUGCAUUGAUGGCUCCCCAGAGGUUAGACACAUGCUAGUGGACAACCCCUAAUGGGCAAACAUGCUACUGUGGGCACAUGAACCUGUAAUGGGCCCACAGAGAGGUUCAACACAUGCCACUGCAGGCUUAUUAACCCCAUGGGCCCACAUGGUUCCUGGUCGCCUGCUGAUUAAGAGUUGAUGCGACAUACCUGUCUUCUGCUUACUCAAAUGAACUGAAGGGCGUUUAGAGAAGGAAUACAACCCGACUCACCUCAAUUACGCACAUUAUUAACACACUCAAUAAAAGACAUUAUCACUCAACUCACCCUAUUAUCAAACUCAAUAACUCACCUUAUCACUCUCAUAAAUCACCUUAUCACUCUCAAUAACUCACCCUAUUACUCUACAGAGCUCACCUUCUGAUCACUCUGAAUAGCCCAAGUUAAACCCGCUCACCCAAACACUAAUAAUAACUCACCUUACUACUUUCCAGACUCUCCAACUGAUAACUCACCAACACAACGUAGAGCGACGUGUUAUACAUAAAAAAAAAACAUCCAAAGCAAAAAAGAAGCAAUGUAAGCUUUGUUUUGUAACCUGCAUGUACUCCCGGUCCGUAUUCCCUGGGCUCCGUCUCGUGUUUUAGAGGAGGCUCAGGAGACAACAGUUUAUAUCAUGUGGGAGAAUCGUAUCGGUGAACAUAGAGCGCCUUUCAAGUGUGGAAGUGAGAUGGGAUUGUGAUAUGCAAAUAGACCCUAGUUUAAGAAUAACUGUAGGCAUCCCAAGUGGCUCACUGUAAAUUCAUAACAUAGUUGUGACAUUUUUAUAAAAAAAAGUGAGUUAAUAUCUAACGCACAGGAUCAGAAAGGCCAAUUGUUAGAUGUUAAACUAAAGCCUUAAUAUCAGAGAAUUAAAAAAGAUAAAAGUAUUAAUAGAAUGGAUUUAAACUAUUAUAAACUAUUUUAAACGUUCUUUGGACCCUAGAUGAUAACACCAGGUAAUAGUUCCUUUGUGGACUAUCAAAGGACUAUUAACUAUUACUUACUAUACUAAGUUACUAUGCUACUGAAGUCUAUGGAAAGGAUGUCAGAAGUCCAGCGGGGAAACUGUUGAAUGGAAGUCCUCCAUAUCAUAUAGGGAAACUCCAAUACGUUUGAGGUAAUAACCUUCUCCAUAUCAUAGUUAUCAGAUCAAAAUAACUACAUUUUCUAGAGAAAUUCAUAUAUUUCUACAUGUUAAAAGUUGGCAAAUGAAAAAAAUGUAUCCGAUUUUUAUUUAUAUAUUGAUUUAUAUAACUGUAUUGGUUCUUGUUUGGACAGAUUGUUUUAUCACCGUGUUAAAAAACUUUGUUUUAAUCUCUAUGAGCACAAUUUCUACGAUGUAACGGCGUCGUGAAUUAUUUUUCACGGUUGAGAUGGAGUUUAGUGUAAAAGAUUGUUGAAUUUAUUUAUUGUAAAUGUACACAUUUGUAUCUAUUCGUGCAUCAUAUGCCUCAUAUCUAGCUUUGUAAAUAUAUCGCCAACUCGUUAUUUGCCACACCACCAACUUUGUCCUCACAUGGUUGUACAGAAUAUUUAUUAUUUAAAUCGGGCAAAGGAAUAGUUUACUUCUGAAUAUCUUUAUAACGCCAUUUUCUAACUCUUCGAUUACGUAACGUUGCAGUGUGCCUGGUCUGCCCAAACGGUUUUGCACGGAGUGACAGAAAACGUCCACGUCCAUCAGUGACCCUUGAGAUCCAAUGUUAGAGGCAACGGCUUGAGGGGGAGACUGUGUCCAUGUACGAUCAUUCAAGCCUUUCUGUUGAAUUCGAUGCUUUCCAUUCAACAAAGCGAAGUUUUAACGUGUUCCAGAGCGACAUAACAUCAUCACCCUUUCGUUUGACCUGUGGGUCGCGUUUAGGUUUAGGAGGUUGACGAAAACAGAACUUGAACUACUUUUGCACUACGCUCUGUUUGGGGGACGAACAGAGUGAACAGCAUGACCCUUUAAUCUGAAUCUAGACGUAUAUCUAGACUUAUUCAACCGUCCCUAUGAACGGUCCCACCUGACAGCCGAGUGGCGGACUAAUCCUCCCUAUACGCGGCUGUGAGUCCCAGCGACGAACAGACGCAGAACGCUAGAGACCCACGCUAAGGUGUUUGUCGUUUUCACUGUUGUCGCUACUUGUCUUUGACUGUAUAUAUAUAUAUAUAUAUAUACACACACGGUAUGCGGUACACCUGGUGACAGGAUGUUUACAGGUCCAGCGAAGACGGAGCAUGACCUCAUCACGACGAGGACGGACGCCUCGUCAUGUGACCGGGAGCAGCCUGGGCUAUAACCCCCACAACCCCUGACCCCAUCUGAUUAACCCAUCAAGCCAUACGGGCCAAACUUCCUUAGAGUAUCCUAUCUAUAGGGGCAUGCAAACACUAAAGAGCAUGUUUUGAUAUACAGCCUGCCAAGAACGACAUGUCGGUCUCUACCGUGGACCACGGCUACUGCUUGUGUUUUAUAACCUUGUCCUCUGAUACUUCGUAUUACCAUGGAUGCACUGUGCAUGCCGUGUGGUUGUGUGUCCCCAUGUUUACCUUUCUCCCCAUCAUGUUUCUAAGUCAUCGUUCAAAGGGUUGAUCAUUUUGUACUAUUUAUAUGAAGUCGGUGCACUUCACAUUACAAGCAGAACAUGAACAAAUAAAAAGCUGCAUGCAGCCGUAUAUAUUGAACAAAAAAUGAUAUUUUAUGUAUUUCCUCCUUCGAGUGACAUGAUCAACAUUAAAAUCAUCAAGUGAAUA